ACCGGUAAUGAAAUAAGCACGUGUUUACAUCUGUCAAAACAACAAAUGUAAACAAACAUGUCUGAGUGUGUGAUAGUUCCAGCAAAACGUGACAGGAAGGUUAUAACUGGCCCAAAAGGACCAAGAAAGACUGCUCACCAGAUUCCAGAUGAAAUAUUAAAUGAUGCCAUGUUAAAUGAGGCAGUUCAGCAGUUACCAUCAAAUUACAAUUUUGAAAUUCCUAAAACAAUAUGGAGGAUCAGACAGACUGGAGCAAAGAGAGUUGCCCUGCAGUUCCCAGAAGGUCUCUUGUUAUUUGCAUGUACAAUAUCAGAUAUUAUAGAACAAUUUACAGAUGCCGAUACAUUGAUUAUGGGAGACGUGACAUAUGGGGCAUGUUGUGUUGAUGAUUAUUCUGCCCGCGCUCUCGGAGCUGACAUCAUGAUCCACUAUGGUCAUAGUUGUCUAGUACCUAUAGAUAGAACAGAGGGUAUACAGAUGUUAUAUGUGUUUGUGGACAUUAAGAUUGACACUGUACAUUUUAUAGACACAUUGAGACAUAAUUUCUCACAAGGUACAUGUACUAGCCUAGCACUAGUCAGCACUAUACAGUUUGUUACAGCAUUACAGUCUGUGAGUGAACAUCUUAAGGAAGAAUAUAAGAUAAUAUUACCUCAGUGUAAACCUCUCUCACCUGGAGAAAUACUUGGCUGCACAUCACCAAAACUAACUGGAGCUGAUGUCAUUGUAUAUCUGGGAGAUGGAAGAUUUCAUUUGGAGUCAAUAAUGAUCCAUAAUCCUGAUAUACCAGCAUACAGAUAUGAUCCGUACAGUAAGAUAUUUUCACGAGAAUAUUACGAGACAGAGAAGAUGCAUGAAAUACGUAGACAAGCUAUAGCCCGGGCAUCUCGUGCUCAAAAUAUUGGAAUUAUUCUUGGUACACUAGGCAGACAAGGAAAUCCUAAAAUUCUACAGCAUCUACAAGAUAAAAUUGUUGAAAGUGGUAGAAAAUAUGUCACUGUGUUACUGUCAGAGAUUUUCCCAAAUAAACUUGCUCUGUUCCAAGAUAUAGAUGCUUGGGUACAAAUUGCGUGUCCAAGAUUGUCAAUAGAUUGGGGAAUGGCAUUUGAUAAACCUUUACUAUCACCAUACGAGAUGUCAGUGGCGUUGAAUUCUGUACAGUGGCAGAGUGUAUACCCAAUGGAUUUUUAUGCUAAUGACAGUCUUGGUGCCUGGACAAACAAUAAUGAAGCUCAUAGGCCAGUCAGACAGAGAAAAACUAGACCAGUCAAAAUUUAAAUAAAACCAGACAACCAUUCAGCAUCAUCUGGAGGCUUGCAGGCAGAAAAGUUACAGAACAGUUCUGCAGACGUUUGUUUAGAUAAACAGAACACUGUAGCAGAUAAAACUGUUUCAGACAAGAACACUGAAGAUUUACAUGAAGUUUUAAAUACAUGCUCUGAUAACUCUUGUUGCAGAGCAGAAGACACAAAAUGUUGCGCUAACAAUACUUGACCUAGUUUUUAUGAUAGCAAUAAAAUGUUACAUUAAUCUC